CAGUCAUUGCACGGCUAUCAAUAUAGACACGCAAGUUCUGACAAAGCUCUCCAUAUUUUCGUGUGUUCUAUCAACUCAAAUUACUUCAGCAGAAGCAGAGGUCAAAAUGGCGAAGACGCCAAUAGAGAUUUUGCAAGGCAACCUUGACCAAUUUUUUUUGAUCAUCAUGGGCUGCCUUAUUUUUUUUAUGCAAACAGGAUUUGCUUUUCUUGAAGCUGGCUCAGUAAGGUCGAAGAACACAACAAACAUUCUGAUCAAGAAUUUCCUGGACGUGUUUAUUGGUGCAGUGGCCUAUUGGCUGUUUGGGUACGCAUUUGCGUUUGGAGUAGAAAGCAAUGGCUUCAUUGGACACAAGUUUUUUGCACUAGCCGAUUUACCAGCUGACAAAUACUCUCAUUGGUUUUUCCAUUUUGUUUUCGCUGCCACGGCAGCAACAAUUGUCAGUGGUGCCAUGGCAGAGAGGACAGAGUUCAAGGCUUACCUGUUAUACUCUGUGUUUCUCACUGGCUUUGUGUACCCAAUUGUCACUCACUGGGCUUGGGAUGAAAAUGGUUGGCUGUACAAGGGUGUGGAGUACACUAAGGACAACGUAACCAUGACUGUAGCAUACCAGGAUUUUGCUGGCAGUGGGGUCGUUCAUGUUCUUGGUGGUACUGUUGCCUUAGUCGGAGCAGCCAUUGUUGGACCAAGGCUCGGACGAUUUGUGAAUGGUGUCCCUGUGCUGCUUGCAGGCCAUACUGUACCGAAAGCGGCCCUUGGAGGAUUUAUCCUUUUUUUCGGCUUCCUGGCUUUCAAUGGUGGCUCACAGGCAGCCAUUGCUAGUCCAGGCGAUGCAGAUGCUGUAGCACUGUCCAUUGUCAACACAGUUCUUGGAGGAGCUUCAGGUGCGCUAACUGCCAUGAUCAUCAAACGUCUGGGAUUUGCAGAUAAAUACUGGAGUUUGCUUUUCACCAUUAAUGGUGGACUUACUGGAAUGGUGGCCUUGUGUGCAGGUUGCAAUGCCGUCCAUCCUUAUGCUGCUUUUAUCAUUGGCAUAAUUGCUGGAAUGGCCUACGUUGGAUGGAGCACUCUUAUGAUUCGUUUAAAGAUUGAUGAUCCACUAGAUGCUGUGGCUGUUCAUCUCGGUGGUGGUUUCUGGGGCGUGCUGUCUGUUCCCAUCUUCAACAAAGACAGUGGAAUAUUUUACGAUGGAAGCGGUCAUUCAUUCCGUUUGUUUGGCUGGAAUCUGCUGGGAGUGCUUGUCAUCAUGGCCUGGUCGGCAGCACUGAGUUUAAUCUUGUUCGUUGUGUUGCGCGUCACAAAGCAGCUUCGUGUCAGUGCGGAAAUCGAGGAGAAAGGUCUUGAUAUUCCCAAACACGGCGAGCCCGCGUACCCACUGGCCAGUUACGGAGACGGAUGGUCGGAGUCGCCAUCAGCACCGAGACAGACCUUGCCGUUUAGUCAUAGUAAUGGCGUCACCCCUGUCCAAAGUAACUAUCCUGAGAAAGGAGGUGGAAUCGAUAAUCCAAGUCUUGAGGUUAUUGAAGCUCCAAACAAGAACGAAACCACAGAGUUUUGAAUAUAACAGACCAGAUCGAAAGAAUGCUACUUGCCCACUUCAUGCCAAAUAUGGGAAAAUAAAUCUUUCGUGUGGCAUACGCUAACUCACAACACUUAUUAUAGUUUCAUAUUGCUCAGUGAAUGAUAUUAACCGCAAUUGUUGGCAGCAAUACUCGACACAAAAAAAACAAAA